AUGCGGUCCGCAUCGGCAUUCCUCCUUGGAAUUGCGCUAGCCUUUCAGGCGAUCCCUACGGCAGCCUGGGAAGACUUCUCUGACGCAAAUCUAUUUUACCGAUCCGUCUCCCUUUUCGAUGACCGACCUGCCGAUUGCCCUCCAUGCUUCAACUGUCAAUUAGACUCUUACAACUGCACCCAUUCCGCCCCCUGCAACAAAUACAAUGGCAAAUGCGCCUGUCCCGCUGGCUUUGGAGGGGAUGACUGUUCUGUGCCUACCUGUGGCUCACUUGCUGAUGGCGAGAAUCGUCCGCCGCGAACUGGCGCAACCUGUGACUGUAAGGAUGGCUGGGGCGGCGUCAACUGCAACGUCUGCCUAAAGGAUAGCGCUUGUGAUUCGAUGAUGCCCGAAGGUCAAGAUGGGGUGUGCUAUAAGUCAGGUGCUACCGUCAAGCAGAACUUUCAGAUGUGCGAUGUCACUAAUCGAAAAAUCCUCGACCAACUGGGUAAGCAGAAGCCACAAGUGACCUUCUCCUGUAAGGCUGAGGACCAUACCUGCAACUUCCAAUUCUGGGUGGACCAAAAGGAGUCCUUCUAUUGUGGCCUAGAUACCUGUGAAUGGGGCUUGGAAACCGGAUUCGAUACCAAUACCACCAGCUAUAAAUGUGAGAAUGUCCAUUGCAAGUGUGUCCCGGGCCGGUUCCUUUGUGGCCAGGACGGAUCCAUCGAUCUCGGCGACUUCCUCGACCAAUCUAUCAAAGGUCCAGCCAGUUUCCAGACCAUAUCCGACGCACAGAGCAGCAAGAGUAUCUUCUCGGAGCCGAAUAUGAACGGUCUCAUCAGUGCAGUCUUCGGCGACCCGACCAUCUCCUUAUCCUGCGAUUCUGGAGAGUGUCUAUACAAGACUGAUCUUCCCGGCUAUCAGCGCCCCGUCAAAAAGAUCAAUACACCCCUCAUUGCCGGUGUCAUUGCUGGUUGUGCGCUUUUUGUUGUCGCGGUCAUUCUGGCUCUUUGGUACAUGUCCCGUCGGGCCACAAACCGUGGCUAUUUGCGUCUGUCCCUGUCGGACGAUUCAGAUGAUGAGACAGCAAGAUUACUUGCAGAGCACCGCCCCGCAUCUCUCUACUGGGAUAAUGUGUCGUAUUACCUGAAUGGCAAGGAGAUACUGUCUGGUAUUCAAGGUGCAUCAACUCCGGGACAGAUCACGGCGAUCAUGGGUGCGUCUGGCGCUGGAAAGACAACUUUUCUUGAUAUUCUGGCUCGCAAGAACAAGCGCGGUGCAGUCCAGGGUAACUUCUUCGUUAACGGAGAGAAGAUAAGUGACAACGAUUUCAAGAGCAUGAUUGGAUUUGUCGACCAGGAGGACACUAUGCUUCCAACAUUGACUGUUCACGAGACUAUCCAGACCAGUGCGCUUCUGAGACUGCCCCGGGAUAUGAGUCGGGCGGCGAAAGAGCAAAGGGUCUUGGAGGUCGAGAAACAGCUGGGUAUUUACCAUAUUAAAGACCAAUUGAUUGGAUCGGAAGAAGGCAGCGGUCGCGGCAUCUCUGGCGGCGAGAAACGCCGAGUAGGUAUUGCUUGUGAACUUGUGACAAGCCCAAGCAUUUUGUUUUUGGACGAGCCUACUAGUGGACUGGACGCCUACAACGCCUUCAAUGUGGUCGAGUGCUUGGUUACUCUGGCCAAGACGUAUAAUCGCACGGUCAUUUUCACCAUCCAUCAGCCACGUUCAAACAUUGUUGCCCUGUUCGACCGACUUAUCUUGCUUGCAAAUGGUCGUACUGUCUACUCCGGACCGUUCUCGACAUGCCAACAGUACUUCGAUAAAAUUGGGUACACUUGCCCUCCAGGCUUCAACAUCGCGGACUAUCUUGUCGACUUGACUAUGCAUGCCGGCUCUUCACGCUCAUACACGGAUGAAGUCAAUUCCUCUGUGGACGGACGGAUGCUGAAGACUGCAUCAAGUAGUCUGAGAGCUAUUAAGUCUGUUGCCAGUGUAUCCAACGUGAGCAUUGAAGAGAAUUCUAGCAUCACCACUGAGGCGGGUCGACGACCCAAAAGCAGUCGGCGGGUUUCCUUGAAGCAACAGCAAGACCGCCAACUUUACUCACGCCGCAAGGAUCAGAAGGACCUUGAGCCUCCCGCUACACCCAAGACCGAUGAAGAAGAUGCCACGCUCGAUGUUGCUGAGAACACUCAACAAUGGCUACGUCUUUCUCGCCAACCGGGCAACGCUCCCCCGCAGAUCCUCGAUGAUCCGGAUCAGCUACCACCCCCCGCCCCGGGCCAGAGCGAUCUUGAUGUUCUCGUUGCCAGCUACGCCGAUUCUGAUGUUUUCCACUCUGUCCACGACGAGAUUGUGACAGCAGUUCAAACUGCUGAGGCUGCCAAUGGGUCGCAAAAUUACCAUCUGGAGGGUUCGGCGCCGCCCAAAAGCUUUGCCCGUGUCAGUUUGUGGCGACAGUUCCUCAUUUUGUCGCAGCGCACAUGGCGCAAUCUUUAUCGUAACCCGAUGCUGAUGCUGACCCACUAUGCAAUCUCCAUUCUUCUUGCUGUGCUUUGCGGAUACCUCUUCUACGGGUUAACCGACGAUAUCAAGGGCUUCCAGAACCGUCUUGGUCUCUUCUUUUUCAUUCUUUCUCUGUUCGGUUUCAGCACUUUGACUAGUCUCACGGUUUUCUCUACUGAACGUCUCCUGUUUGUUCGGGAGCGAGCAAAUGGUUACUACCAUCCGGUCACUUACUUCGCGUCGAAGGUUGUUUUCGACAUCGUGCCCCUGCGACUCAUUCCCCCUAUUUUCAUGGGCAUCAUUGUCUACCCCAUGACCGGGCUAAUUCCUGCAUGGCCCGAAUUCGUUCGAUUCAUGCUGGUAUUGGUUCUGUUUAACCUCGCGGCUGCCAACAUCUGCUUGUUUAUCGGCAUUGUGUUCCGUGAUGGCGGCGUUGCCAAUUUGAUCGGUAGUCUGGUCAUGCUAUUCAGCUUGCUGUUCGCCGGUCUCCUGUUGAACCAUGACGCCAUCCCCUCGUCCGCUCUGUGGUUGCAAAGCCUCUCAAUCUUCCACUACGGUUUUGAGGCCCUCAUCGUGAACGAGGUCACUUUCCUCACCUUGAUCGACCACAAGUACGGCUUGGAUAUCGAGGUGCCUGGUGCAUCGAUCCUGAGCGCUUUUGGAUUCAAUACCCUGGCCUACUGGCACGAUGUUAUUGGACUAGCUGUCAUCUCGGGAGCUUUCAUUAUUAUUGCGUACGGAGCGAUGCAUUUCCUUCUUGUCGAGAAGCGUUAG